AGGCUUUGGGGGCAAAUACGGUCCCUGGCUUCCAUGAUUGAUGUUUUGCUUCUCUCCUGACCAGGGAAAUGAGGAGUCUAUGGAGCCACUUCUUGGGUGCAGUAAGGACGCCAAUGAUAGAGGAAGAAGGAAUCUUCUCAAGGAGAUGAUCUUGUUGAAUUCUUGACCCCAUUUCCAGACAAGAAAUUAGAAAAGGAAGAGUCAAGUGUCUGUAUUGCAAUUAAACACCCAUGCCACUGUUGACAGGAAGGAGAAAGCAUCGAGGUGUCGUCUGCAGCAGCACAAAAUGAAUCGUUCUGGGAAGAAACGCUGUACAUGCCAGGAGUGCGGAAAGAGCUUCACUUGUAGUUCAGCUCUACGGACACAUCAAAGGACUCACACUGGGGAGAAACCCUUUACAUGCCCAGAGUGUGGACAGAGCUUCACUCAGAGUUCAUCUCUACGUUCACAUCAAAAGACUCAUGCUGGGGAGAAAGCCUAUAAAUGCCUGCAAUGUGGACAGAGCUUCACUUGGAAAUCAAAUCUACGUUCACACGAAAGGACUCACUCUGGGGAGAAAGCCUAUAAAUGCCUCGAGUGUGGACAGAGCUUUACUCAUAGUUCAGGUUUACGUUCUCAUCAAAGGACUCACACUGGCGAGAAACACUUUACAUGCCCGGAGUGUGGACAGAGCUUCACUCAGAGUUCAAGUCUACGUUCACAUGAAAAGACUCACUCUGGGGAGAAAACCUAUAAAUGCCUCGAGUGUGGACAGAGCUUCACUCAGAGUUCAGGUUUACGUUCUCAUCAAAAGACUCACAUUGGCGAGAAACCCUAUACGUGCCAAGAAUGUGGAAAGAGUUUCACUCGGAGUGCAAAUCUACAUAAACAUCAAAGGAUUCACACUGGGGAGAAACCGUAUACAUGCCUGGAGUGUGGACGGAGCUUCACUGAGAAUGGAAGUCUUACUUUACAUGAAAGGACUCACUCUGGGGAGAAACCCUAUACAUGCCUGGAGUGUGGACGGAGCUUCACUUGUAAUUCAGCUCUUCAUUCACAUGAAAGGAGUCAUACUGGGGAGAAACCCUAUACAUGCCAGGAGUGUGGACGGAACUUCAGUCAGAGUUCACAUCUACGUUCACAUGAAAGGACUCACACUGGGGAGAAACCAUAUACUUGCCUGGAGUGUGGACAGAGCUUCACUCAGAGUUCACAUCUACGUAGUCAUCAUAGAAUUCAUACUGGGAAUAAACCCUAUACAUGCCUGGAGUGUGGAAAGAGCUUCACUUGCAGUGGAGGUCUACGCUCACAUCAAAGGACUCAUACAGGAGAGAAACCCCAUAAAUGCCCGGAGUGCGGAAAGAGCUUCACUCAUAGUGCAAGUCUACGUUUACAUCAAAGGACUCACACGGGGGAGAAACCCUGUGGAAAGAGCUUCAUUUGCAUGAGCAAUCUACGUUCACAUGAAAGGAAUCACACAGGAGAGAAACCCUAUAAAUGCCUGGAAUGCGGAAUGAACUUCACUCAUUCGUCAAGUCUAAGUUCACAUCAAAAGGCUCACACUGGGGAGAAACCCUAUACAUGCCUCAAGUGUGAACAGAGUUUCAUUCAGAGUUCACAAUUACGUAGACAUCAAAGGACUCAUACUGGGGAGAAACCCUAUACAUGUUUGGAGUGCGGAAGGAGCUUCACUGAUACUUCAGGUCUACGUUCACAUCAAAAGACUCACACUGGCAAGAAACCCUAUAAAUGCCUGGAGUGUGGAAAGAGCUUCACUCAGAGUUCAAAUCUACAUUCACAUCAAAGGAUUCACACUGGGGAGAAACCCUAUACAUGCCUGGAGUGUGGACAGAGCUUCACUGUACUUUCAAGUCUACAUAGACAUCAAAAGACUCACACUGGGGAGAAACCCUAUACAUGCCUGGAGUGUGGAAAGAGCUACGCUACGAGUGGACAUCUACGUAGACAUCAAAGGACUCACACUGGGGAGAAGCCCUAUACAUGCUUAGAGUGUGGAAGGAACUUCACUCAGAGUGCACAUCUACGUAGACAUCAGAGGACGCACACUGGAGAAAACAAUGGUCUUUGACCCCAGACAGAGCUUUGCAAACUUUGCAUGUUGGUGACACACUUAGAUAUGCAUCCCUUUGUGACACAUUCAUCCAGUUUAACUGGCAAACCAGAGGUUAAACCACACACACAUAAAUUUACAAUAAAAUAUAUAAUGUAA